AUGUCUUCAUCACACCUUUCCAGACUGUUUUCACCACACAUUUCCAAACUACCUGGCUCCUCCCCCCAGACUCGCCUCACCCCCACCAAAUUCCUCACUAAAGAAAAUUCACGCAAUUACCUAGCCUACGCAUGGACCGCACGUCGAAAAUGGACCCUCCUUACCGUCAUCUCAUCAUGCCAAACCAGCAUAACCUUCAACGCAGCCAGCUAUUCCAACGCCAUCCCCUCGCUGAACACGUAUUUUGGCACCGACAAUGCCCAACAGGGAAUAACAGCCUUCCUGAUCUCGCACGCGGUCGGGUGCAGGCUUUGGCGCCCGUUUUCAGAGGACAUGGGUCGUAAGUCAGUCACGCAGGCUUCUCUUGGUCUGACCAAUAUGUCCGUCCUGAUUGGCGCAUUGUCAAAAAGCUUUAGUGGAGUCAUUGGAGGGAGGAUUAUGAGUGGAUUGUUGUCGGCUGGGUGCGACGUAACAAUGAGCAUCAUCGAGGAUAUAUUUGACGAGGACGAGCAGUUCUGCGCCGUCUUGUGGGCAUCUCUCUUCACCUGUCUUGGUGCUGUCCUUGCUGGCUUUGCGAGAGGCCGAUGGAACUUCUGGAUCCAGCUUAUUCUUGGUGUGACUAUACAGUUGCUUCACUGGCUGUUGGCGGAAGAAAUGCGGGCGUCGGUUCUGCUGGAUCGUGAGGCGAAAAGGCAAAGAGAGGAGGGCAAUACAAAUGUUUGUGGACCCAAUUACGACAAAGCCUUGAUGGAGAUGUUUCAAUGCGACAAAUGGGUCAUGGCAAUGCUCCGGCUGUACGAGAUGCUCAUUUUCGAGCCUAUCAUCCUACUCUUUACUCUGCUGAGCGGCUACAUCGAUACUCUCAUCUUCUCCUUCGAGAGGCACAGCUAUCUCUUCCAGCAGUGGUUGUUCACAACUACGAGCGUUUCCUUCAUUCUUGUCGCAUUAGCGGCCUCGUGUGUGGUGGGUUACUUUACCUUCUUCCCUUUUAUCAGUCACCACAACACGCGACGCACCAAAAGCGAAAUCGUUCUCAGGGCUCGCCUCAAUCCAGGGCCGCCGCUCCACUGGUUUGAUGUAGUUGUCGUGUCUGUUCUGGUUGGAAUCGCAAACAUCUGGUUGUUUUUGGCUUUGCUAUUUCAUUCUGUGUGCCGGUACACGUCCCGUACUUUAGGGGUCCGAAAGUCUGCGUCAAACCCAGAUUUCCAAGAUAUUCAAAAGCCAGAAGGGGCAGUGUCAAUGAAAGGAGGAUUUUGGGAUGAAAGAGUACUGUACAUAGUCGGACUGUUGGGAUACUAG